UGGCACCAGGUAUUUACUAAUUUGGAAGGGUCCAAUCAACACCCGCCCCCCCCCCCCAACUCUGCUUUCUUCCCCAGAGAGUGGUGGGUUCUACUCCCCGGGCUGGCCAAUUUCCCUUAGGGUAGCCUUCGCUAAGGCCAGGAGAUAACGCCCACUCAGGGUGUUUGAGGAGGCAGAAAGGCCGCAGGCGGCUGAGAGUCGGCUGUGUCUUUCCAGGAACCUCCCCUCUGUCCCCCAGCCAUGCGGGAGCGCGCGGGACAGGCCGCGACAUGGCCCUGGAGCUUGUGCUGCGGCCGCGCAGAGGACGCACAAAUUGUAUUUCAGCGCCGGGUCCUUCCGGGUUAAUGAGCUGACACCAUGAUUAAAGCUGACCAUUUGUAAUGUGUCUCGACCCCGCCGCCGAGCCCUGAAGAGGUUAAUGCGGUGACGGAGGCCGGCACCUGCCCCUCGCCGGCCUCCCGGGCCGUGGCGCACAGCCCCUAGCCUCCACCCCCUCGCCUGCCCCUGCUCGGCUGCUCCGCCGACUCCUAAUCAAUUAGCCCAUUAACGAGCCCUUCGAGGAGUUAAGUAGCGAGAGGUUCUGCCACGGGUAGGGCUGCAGUCGGUAACUCACCGAGGCUAAUGAUAUUAUAAGCGCUUUACUCAAUAACCCCGCGCGGCGCAGGCGAGGAGGGAACUGCACCGUCAUGGUGCAGCGUCUGGACAUUUGUGGGGGCUGAUUCCAGAGUCUCCUAUCACCUUGGUUGCAUUUGGGGGAAUAUCUUAGGGGCAGGGGGCUCCCAAGAGCUCUUGGUGGAGCGGUCCUGGGGUCGCAAACCGAGCUGGUGUUGCCUGAGUGCCUCGGGGCCUUACUUCACCUUCCUUUCCUCUCAGCUUGUGUAGACAACUGUGCCCCUGUAAUGUUUUGCCUGCGCCUGGCUGCUUCGAGGUCCAAUAACAGCUGAUAGGGAAUUAAAGGGGCAAGAACCAGGGCUCAGAGGUCGCCGGGAGGAGGGAAGGAACCACGGUUUAUUGAGCACUUACCCCUCGCCGCCUCGGAGUUGGCCAUGCAGACCUAACUACAACUUCUUCCAGGUAGGCAUUUCUUCCCCCAAGUUUAGGAAAGGAGGAAAUCCAGGCUCAGAAGGUUUUAGUGUCAUGUUCAAGGUCACUGAGAUGAGAUUUGAAUGGACUUUGCCGAAUUCUAAAAUCAUGACCCGUUCUCACCUCUUUCUACUUUUCCCAGCAUCAAAGCGCCUCUAUUUCUGCAGCAAUUCUGUGACCUGCGAUAUUUGCCAAACAAACAAACAAACCCAGAAACUUGUGAAAUAGAGAGUGGCCUGUGGGCUAUUCAGCAAAAGUUUACUGAGUCCCUACUAUGAGCUCCUAGGUCUCCUGGGCUUUCUGCAGCUUUCCAUCCCUAUCUAAGGACAUCCUCAAAACAGGAGAAAGGGGGAGAUGCUAAUGAGAAGUUCAUUCCGCCAGGGAGGGCAGUGAGGCUCUGACUCGUCCUGGUUCGCAGUCUGUAAAUGGUGGGGCUGGGACGUGAACCAGCAUGUGUUGCCACAAGAUCUAGGUCUCUCCUCCACACCCCCAAGGAUCUUGCAGCCCUGUUGGGCCUGCGACAGGGGUGGGACCUGUAGGCUGGGAUGGUCAGAAGUUGUCUGCCCCGGGCCUGCCAGUUAGGGUCCCAGGGAGGGCAUCAGUUCGGAAGCGCAUGCUCUUAACCCCCCUCCCUCCCGCGCCGGGCGCAGCGGUCUGCGGGGCGCCGGCUCUGCCUGCCGGUCGGGGGCCGGAGGGGUGGGAGGGUAGGGAGGAUCUUGGAGCAGCUUGUACCAGCUCAUCCGGCGGUGCGAGGACCGUCGCCUGAGGGAGGCGUCGGGCCGCUCCAGCUCGGAGCCCCGCGCUGCCCCUGCCCCUCAGGAGGGCCGGAGUCCGAGCGGUCAGAGUCGCCACAGCGGCCAGGAACCUGGGGCUGGAAUCUAUGCUGCUUUCCGCCCGGCUGUCCCUGGAUGCACACAGCUGAUGCCCGCCGGGUUCUCGGCGCGCUCCGGGGCGCACAGUCGAUGCGUGCCGGGCCUGGGCUUUUUGAAAAUUUCCGGGGCCGCUCGGCGGCGCUGCGAUUGGCCGCGUCGGGGUAACCUCUAUGCAAAUGAGGCCGCACCACCUCCGCGCCGGCGGAGACCCCGCGAGCUGGCGGGCAAGGAAGGGGCAUUCGCGCCGGGGCUGGGCGGGCGCACCCAGAGUCGGGCGGGCAAGGAUCCCCGCGCAGCCAUCCUGUGCCCGCGUGUCCCCCGCGCAAAGGGGACGCCUCACCAGCUUCGCCGCCCCCUCCCCCUGGCUCCCCUCCCCGCCCCUCCCCCCGCCUGCCUGCCUGCACCACCUUCCACCCAGAUCGUCUCUAAAGGGAGUUCUUGGUUUCCUCCGAUUUCUUAUGAACCCAGGAUGGGCAGCAAGGAAGAUGCAGGCAAGGGGUGUCCGGCGGCCGGCGGCGUCUCCAGCUUCACCAUUCAGUCCAUCCUGGGCGGGGGCCCCUCCGAGGUGCCACGGGAGCCCGCCGGCUGGCCGGCCAGGAAGCGCAGCCUGUCCGUGUCCUCGGAGGAGGAGGAGCCGGACGACGGCUGGAAGGCACCUGCCUGCUUCUGCCCAGACCCGCACGGCCCCAAGGAGCCGGGCUCCAAGCAUCACCCCCCCAUCCCCUUUCCUUGCCUGGGUACCCCCAAGGGCAGCGGAGGCGCGGGGCCGGCGAGCUCGGAGCGCACGCCUUUCCUCUCUCCUUCGCACCCGGACUUUAAGGAAGAGAAAGAGAGGCUCCUGCCCGCGGGCUCGCCGUCGCCAGGGCCCGAGCGGCCGCGGGACGGCGGCGCCGAGCGGCAGGCGGGCGCCGCCAAGAAGAAGACGCGCACGGUCUUCUCGCGCAGCCAGGUGUACCAGCUCGAGUCCACCUUCGACAUGAAGCGCUACCUGAGCAGCUCGGAGCGCGCCUGCCUCGCCUCCAGCCUGCAGCUCACCGAGACCCAGGUCAAGACUUGGUUCCAGAACCGCCGCAACAAGUGGAAGCGGCAGCUCUCGGCCGAGCUGGAGGCGGCCAACAUGGCGCACGCGUCGGCGCAGACUCUGGUGGGGAUGCCGCUGGUGUUCCGGGACAGCUCGCUGCUGCGGGUGCCGGUGCCGCGCUCGCUCGCCUUCCCGGCGCCGCUCUACUACCCCGGCGGCAACCUCUCGGCCUUACCUCUCUACAACCUCUACAACAAGCUCGACUACUGAGCGGCCGCCGGCCCCGCGCCGCGCUCCCCGGGGCCCCGGCGCGGGGCGGGCUGCGGCCGGAAAUAUUAAGAAAUACACCAUGUGUAUUCGUUAUCUCUUAUUUAUGGCCUCUGCCCUACUUUUCGUUUCGAGCGUUUCGGGUAUUUAUCGGCCUUUUCUCCAGCCACAUCGCCUGCUCUCGCCUCCCCCCCCCCCGCCCCCCAAAACCGGUACGCUUUGAAAACCAUGUCGGAGGGGAUGUCCUCGGGUGGUGGUGGGAAAGGGGGUUUCGGCCAGAUCGACAGUGACCGGUAGAAAAGAAAUAUCAGAAAAACGCCAACCAAGCCAGGUACACUCCUCACCCCAUAUAGACACCUGUAUGUAGGUACAUGCACACGCAGCCGGCCAAGCCAGCGGAGGGCUUUGGACAAUGAGCUCAACGCCCCUUUUCGUUUCCCUCGUCCCGAGGAUGGGUAGGGGCGAAAGGGGGAGAUUUCAGAUCUGUAAAUAUUUUUAAAGAGGAAAAAAAAAAUAAAACAUUUUAAGCAUCGUU